AUGCAAACGCAAACCCUCUCAUCUUCUCGACCACCUGUUCCGAAAAAGACUCGUCCUCUCAUGACUCUUCCUCUAAUUGCGCCGCCAACUCCUUUCAUCAAUCCUCCUGCCUCUCCGGUGGCUCCCAAGCAAUCGUCGCAAUCCGGAUGGGACUACUGGACACGCGUCUAUUCCGAUGACUCUCAACCACCGCCUGCGUCUCGUGACGUCCGGGUCUCUGAUAUGCUCAGCUCGGACACCUUGGUUCGUGCAAAAUUACUAUUUUUGAAUGUCCCAAAUCUUCCGCCGGCUCAUAAGAGUAUUAUAAUGAACCUGGUGAAGAAAGAGAUCCGGGACGAUAUCUCGAUUCAAGACGUGAUUGUGGUACCGCCCGGGAAGUGGUUUCUAAACUUUUUCCGCGCGGAAGACGCCCUUAAAGUGCUGAAAUACUUUGAAGGAUUCUCGUAUCGUGGACAUACACUGGCAGUGAGAUUCUGCUAUCCGGAUGGGACGUACGGCGACGAAGCGGCACUCACCCAACUAGUCCAAUGUAGCAAUAAUGCGAAGGGACGGCUUUUCGAGAAGAAGGAGAUCGUGCAAGAUACAAUCACCCCAGAGUCCUGGACAGUGGCACAAUGCGUCGAGCUGAAAAUUUUCGAGACCGAGAUAAUGAAUCUCCUGAAAGCCCACGCCUACCUACCGUAUCAUAAUGUUUUGCAAGCUAUGAAUAACCUAUUCACGAUUCGAUUCACGUCAUCUCUCUCCUCGAUUUUCAUUAGUGAAGCGUUAACUCAAUGGCCGACUGGAGUGAUUCGUAUUUUUAAUAGGAGCAUCAAAGUGAUAUCGAAUACAGUGUGUUUGUCGACGAGCUCGUAUUAUACUCAACGUAUUCAUGAUUCUGCGUUGGAAGGCGGGUGCACAAUACAUCGCAACACUUGGGAGCCAAUCACUCCGGAAGAUAUUCGUAGUGAUGUUCAACUCAUUCUAUACUUUAACGCAUUCCUUUUACACUUUGGACCACAACAUAUUGAUAUCGACGCCCCAAUCCGUAUUGUUGCUCAAUCUUUGCGUGGAAUCUGGCCGAAAUCUGGUACCGAGCUUGCUACUCUACUUACCGAAAUCUCAUCUGGAUUUGUCAUUAUCAAUCGUUUCAUCUACUUGGCCAGCAAUCCGACUCAUCACGAAAAGAUUAUUGAUCAUUUGGCUACUUUCCAAGACGACUGUAGCGACACCUAUUACCUCCAUCUGCCGUGUGUUGUCAAUGAGGAGGAGAUGAUGGUUGUCGACUUUGAGGAUCUCUAG